GAGUUGAAAACCAGUGGUGGCUCCAGUGUGCGUAGAGAGAGAGAAGUGGGUUAGUUGGGUGUUCAUCGUCGUGGGACGCGCACACCUGCUGCCUUUAGUUGACUCAAGUCUCUGUGUGAGAGACUUAUCACGUGGGAUGCGAAUUGAUAACGGGAACUUUUGCAUUGAAUGUAAAUGUACGCUGUGAGUGAUUUUGUCGUUAUAUUGUUGUUGAGUUGUGGAAUACUGAAGCAGUGGAGUAAGAGAACAAUUCAUAUUAAUUGAACCUUGCUCGUCAAGAGCAGCCAUGGAUGAAGUAGCAUCAAGUUGCGUCUUGCUUCUCAGUUUAUGAAGUGGAACGAAUAAUAAGAAAAAAAAUAAUUUUAAGCUGCUCAUAGUCAGAGAACCUUCCCUGCGGUGACAAGAUUUUCCAGUUGGAAAAUAAAGAUAAACAGGAGGUGGGAGAGUUAAAUUGCUGUUGUAAAAUUCACGCUCGUUUUGUGUAAGUGAAUGUAUACGUGUAUGUGACGACUGCCCUGCACGUUAGUGACCACGGCAGCAAAUCUGCUAGUGGGAGGGGGAGGAGGAGGCUUGCCAGUAGCACCGCCGUCAAUCGUUCCCUUCAACACCUCCCUCAGUAACGUUCCCAGCAGAGCCUCCUCCACCGCCACCAGUAACACCACAACCACACCUGCCCCAAUCACCACUACCUCCAACAGCUCCUCCUCCUUCAAGAGCUUCGACAACACAACUUUAUCCUUGGCUCCUCAUAACCCUAAUGACACAAUGUUGACAUGGCACGUGGUGUUGGGGGUGAGUUUUUGGGUGAUGGGGUUGCUACCAUCGGAAGUUGGACCUGCCUAUCCCAGUGCCAUGUUCACCCCAGCCAUGCCUGGAAAUACCCCUAAUUGUGUCAAGGACCCAAGGGACACCUACUGUACAGAACCCAAGAAAUACCCCAAAGAGCGCAUCGUGUACCUGCUGGAGAAUAAGAUGUACGAUUUGGAUUCCCUCCUUACCGAUGAAACUAGAGAUUCGUACACUUUUGAGGCCAGGGACAUACCCAACCUGCCGCUCAAUAUGUACUCGUACGACGCUCCCAAGCAAAGCUACGGCCCUCCUAAACCCUCGCCAGGCUACCUUCCACCUCGGCAAAACUACACCACAACAUCGAAGCCGGGCUACGUCCCUCCUCCGUCCACAAAGUACGGCCCGCCGCCGUCCCAUUUCUACGAUCAGCCCACACCAUCACGAGGGUACGGCCCACCGCCGCCCAUCUACGACAGCGAUGGGCCAUAUCCUCGUUAUCCAAAGGCCCCUCCGAAUGGUUCUUACUUGCCCACGCGUUAUUCCCCUCCCACUCCCCGGUAUCCUCCAAAGCCACAGCCUUGGUGGAUGAAGAUCGUAAGAUCAGGCAGCCUUCGACGCCAAAAGCGCCAGACGACUACGGACCUUUGUCCGUAUGAGUCUGAAUACAUCAUGCCCCGCGCAGCUCUGAAUAACAAGGGCGACUGGAUGUUUUUGGUCAAUGUCAACGAGGUAUCCAGCGAAUAUACUCAGCUUGUGGAGAGCAAGAAAUGCAUCACAAACACCUGCACUGGCUCUUGUAAUGUACCGGAUGGAUUCACAGCAGUCUGUCAGCAGCAGUAUGUCCAGAAGCGGCUCAUUGCUCUAGAUGGAUCUGGCAGUCGACUAGCAACCGAUACCUUCUGGUUCCCAUCUUGCUGUGUCUGUAAGCUGAACCCGAGUGGAGGGUAAAAUAGCGACUGACAGAUACUCUGGAGAAGAUUCUCCCUGGAUAUCCAUUCAUUCCCGUGAAGCUCUCCUAUUUAUUUUAAAGUUGUAAUCGAAUAAAGUUGCUGUGGAUCAAAGUUUUUACGAUUGUGGUAAUGAUUCUUUUUUCCUUUUAUUAAACUUUGGAGUGUUUGUGUAUUUACAUGUUCGAAAGAGAGAGCACGAGAGUAAAAUGUGUACGUAUAUCAGUUUUAAAUGAAUAGGAAGAAAGAAUUUUUUACCCAUGGUGAUUCAUCAUGGAAGAACUGAGGUCCACAAAUUAGCAGCAGUUUCUAGAGGGUUACAACGUAGCUUUUCAGAUCGCAAAAGAUUAAUUUGAAGAGUAAAAUAAUAGCACAUUUUGGUUGUAUUUUGAAUUUGCGAUUUAAGUUUCAUUUCCCUUUGAAAUAAUCAGACUAGUUGAUGUAUCAACGCAAAGAAGUAUGUACUCUGAUUCGUUACAUAUUUUAGGUUUCCAAAAUAAAACUAGAGGAGAUUUUCGCUCCGGGACUUUUGGAUGGAAAUGGAGACGGAAUAACAAAGACGUUAUAUGGGUAAAGAGAAAAGGCAUCUCUGGUAUUGACGGACGGACUUGUUUCCGCUUGCAGUCUCACUCUGUUUAGAUCUCCCAACCAAACAUUUCAUUAUUGCAUUUGCUCUGUCCACAGAGAUGGACGGCGGUUCGGUUAUGUAUUAGCAGCAGUUUCAGUCUUGCAUGAUUGUUAGCUAGGAGUCUCUUAAAGUUGUUGCUGGAUUUCAGUAACAUUUUGUCGAGGGGGCGGGCUGUGGGUCAAGGAAGAGCUUACUGUAUGUUCGUCUGGAUAAGAAUGUGGAUGUAAGGUGGUUUGUCUUUUGAGUUAGCUUCUGAUGAUGCUGACAUCAUUAUCUCAUAAUGUUGAUGAUGUCUUUCUACGACAUUUUUAUGGAGAAGUGUCAUGUAUCAAAGAAAGUUGAUUAGAUUUUGGGGUGGAUCAGGAUGCGUAUCCAGAGUGUUUAUUUUUUCAAGAAAUGGUGAUAAGAGGGCGCAGAAUGUUGCUGAGUAUAGUUCAGUCAUUUUUUGCGAACAGGUAAAUAAUGGUUCAAGGAAAGAGAGGCGAUCAGAAUUUGAGAUGGAUCCAGAUGUAGAGCCAGGCUGUAACUUAUGCGUUAGUUCGGAUGUGCUCUUUGUAUGCUUACUGGUUUUAUGGCGCCGAAAUUCCGCAGGUAAAUUUUGUGGGGUUCUCUUCAUGAGAAUUAGAGAGAGCAAGUGAAAACGUGGUCCUCCGCAAAAGACGCUUUUGUACUAGUGAGUGUUAGCACAUAAAGAGGCUCUAAGAACUGGGUAUUUUUGCCGAAAUUAGGCCUAUAUAUUCACUUUUAGCAGUUUAGAGUUUUGUCCAUGUUUACUGUUGUAUAGACUAAGUAUUCAGUGUCUGUAGUCCCUUCUUGAAGUAGAAAUUUGCAGCAACAGCAAACAUGUAUUUUCCAUGUUGUAUAAUCGAUUUUAGCAUUUCUUUGAAAGAUCCACUUCAGCUGGUUUGAUAGGUGUCUUUUGAAGAUGAUUGAUUAAUCAAGUCUUUAUAUAUUGCAGUCUUUUUAGACAACUCUCCAAAGAAUUCAAAUUUUUUACCUUAAGAACUUUAAUUCUGACUUGCUUAUAAUUAAGUUGGUUGAUCUUUUUAUUUAUAUCUUGAUACCUGCCUUAAUUUAUGAUUACCAUCGCGUAUUUUGUCAUGAUUAUUUGAACUUUCAUUGCAGUGCUUUUCAUGGAUCAGCUCACUGCCUAUAAUAAUGCAAGUGUCGUUAGCACAUCAGCGUAGAACAAAAUAUGAUAAUAUAACUAACACAAAUAAAUCAAAUAAUCAUCUCAAUUAUGUGUUUGAUUGCACUAUUUAGCCUUGUUACAUCUUAGAAUGUGUGUGUACAUACAUAGUAUGUUCCUAACAGACUUCGCGUUGUGUUACGAAAGCCUUCUUUUCUACUAGUACUCAGGUUGAGCUAGAUAAAUUUCAUAACUGCUCUCAUUCAGCCUUCAGAGUUAGAAAAGAAUUUGGGAUAUAGAGAAGUGGUGUGGAUACCGAGUAACAUUAAGAUUAAUUCGGAUUUAUGGUUCGGAAAGGAUAUUCUUAGAUGGUAUCACAGCAAAUUUGCAUGCUAGAGUAUAAGGUCUGAUCAUGUUGGAACCCUCAUUAACUCAGAGGCGGAGGCUGUACCACAGGCCAACAGUGUGAGGAAUAAAGAACCUGGUUGCUCUCGGCAGGUAAAGGGGAUCAGAGAUGUACUGUGAAUGUGAUAGAUCUCUGUUAAAAUGCAACUUAUAAAAAAGUGACUAACAAGAGACCAUCUGUUAAUGAUCCAAGUCAUAACUGCUAAUAUUAGGAAACAGAAACCUACGUCCUCGAUGCAGUAUCUAAAAGAGAUAAAUAUCUGGCAGAAACAGACAUCUACACCGGAGAACAGUAUUCUAACAAAGGAAGCACAAAUGACCUAACACAGGUUGCAUUGAUUUUAUCACUGUUGUGAAUAUAUGAGGCCUUACGAACAAUACGUAACUUUUAUGCGACAUUUGUUGAAACUUUCUUUAGAUAUUUUUUCAAAAGUCAGAUGUGAAUCAAAACUUACACCUAGAAUAGUUAAAGCUUCAGACUCAUUCAGCUUCCAUUCACCUGAAGGGGAAGAUGGGGUGGAAAAUAUGUACAAGAUCUGCUGAUUAAUAGUGUCUUCAUUUUACUCGAGUUCAGCCUCAUGUCCAUGUCCCAAUUUAGGCUGAGGGCAAUGUCAUUCCUCAUAUUUGGAGGUUUUACUACGCACACAAGUGUUGCAUCAUCAACAAACUAAACAGUCUUGUUUUCCAGGCCAACAAGUAUAUCUCUUGUCUACACAAAAAAUAACAAUGGACCAAGAACACUACCAUGUGGAACAUUCAGACACAAUAGGUCUUGGUUCACUCAAGAUCCCGUCCACAACAACUCGCUGUGGCCUACCUGAAAGGAAAUCUUGAUGUAAUACUAAGACAUAUCUACCCACUCCAAGAUUCUGAACUUAAUAAAUAAGUACCUUGGGAUUUUAUUACAUCAAAAGCAGCAUUAAAUUUGAACUACUUUCUGCUCAAAACCCUUAUUAAAGUUCUCUUGCAAAUGGCAUGUAAAGUCUAAAAGAGCCUCGCAGGUACCUAACUGCUUUCUAUGUGCAUAUUGACUAUCAGUUAACAGCCCUUUAGAUUCCACAUACUUGUACAGUGGCAUAAAAAUAAGUUUUUCAGGAACUUUGGAUAGCUCAGGGAGAAUACAUAGAUUGGAUUGUAGUUACUGCAGUCUGCAGUUAUGCCAAUCUUUGGAACAGGCACUGUAUUACUAAGUUCCGCUCAUCUGCAAAGAUACUAUGCCGACAAAAAAAAUCUGUAGAAUCUACUAAUCUUAUUAAAACAUUAAAAAAACAAGAGGAAGAAACCAUCAGGAUCUUCUCCACCCCAGCUAUCAAGAUUAUCCAGAAUUGUUUUAACAUCCCUGGAGCGAAAUGCCAAUUUUGUUGGAAUAGUUGCAGAAUGACAAGUAUCAGGGAGAGGAACAUUCUUAGUUGAGCGCUUAGCUUUAAAAGCUUGAUGAAUAAUUCACCCUUUUCCCUUGGGUCAUAAACCAAUCUACCAUCUUCUUUUAGCAGUGGUGGAAUGGAAGACGAGGUGAACCCAAAGAUAGAUGAUGCCAAUUUAGUCCACCACAGGUGAGGUUGAGUAAUUCCUUCCUUCAAGUUUUCUCUGUAGGGAAUUAUUGUAAUUUCUCCCGGUUGUAUGGUUAGUUCUAUUUGCAGCAUGGUGAGACUCAACGGUGCAAUUUGCAUUCGAAUUUUGUUCUGUUUGUCAUGGUAGGCUCGUCUACAUGUAUCAUCAAACCAUGGCUGCUCAUUUGUCUAAAUUUGAUGACCUUUUUCUAGGGACAUAUCUUAUUAAAAUAGCCAUCGCUCUUUCAUUUAAUUUCUUCUUGGGCUCAGGAUCUAAUAUAGUAUCUGAAAUAUCAAGUGCCUAACACGCUUCUAUAAUGCGAUCCCAAUUAGCUCUAGAUUUCAGCCAGACCUUUUUUCCAAUGAUGGCAUUAGGAAUAUGUGUACUGAUUGACAGGUAUGUCCAUCUCAAUUGGCCAGUGAUCAAAAGUGCAUAUAUAUUCAAAGACCGUGGACUUCACAAUAGCUUGUACAUCUGUGAAUAUGAGGUCUAAUCUAUUACCAGAAAUGUGCUUGGGUUCCUCAAUUAGCCGGACAAAAUCGGAGGAUACACAGAACUCUAAGAGCAUACCGGCCAUUUUGAUCUGUGGAAUUUGAAUUUAGCCACUCGCUGUGCUUUGCAUUACAGACUAGACAAAUAACGAAUGAAGCUUUUGAAUCCUGUGACUGAGCCAUACUAGUCCUUUCCAAAAGAUCUAUACCCAGCUAAGAUCUGUGGCUCCGAGAAUUCAUGCUUCAGAUGAAAAUUAUAAAUGCAAUUUAAAUAUAAAAGCAACUAUUUUUGGUGCAAAUCAGGAAUGGUAGCUUCUCCCAAAUCUGCGCUCGUUUAGUGUACACUUGACAAUUCCUCUUUUGCUUAAAUCAGAAGGCUAUCAAUCAUUGCGCAGCUAUACUUAGAUCUGACGCGACAUGAUUCUUUUUGGCUCGUCCAAAAAUUCAGACUCAGCGUCGCCAAAUAGUGUUAAUUUUUUUUUUUUUUUUUUAUUAAUUUCUAAUGUCCUACAUGUCGACAAGUUUGCGAAUUCACAGCUAGCACUUUUAUGCAUUGGUAUAAUUCGUAAUCUCUGUGAUUUGAGCAGGUUUUUAUUUGUAAUUUGUUGUUUUUUCUUUUUAUUUUUUAUUUAUUUAUUUUAAUUUUUAUAAUAAUAAUAAUAAUAAUAAUUAUUAUUAUUAUUAUUUUCUCUUUUUUUUGCUUAUCUCAAGGCACGGUGUGAUAAUGUUAGUAAUGCCGUCAACAACAACGCACUUAACAUGCUCCUCGGUCUGGUCAAUGUUACUAUCUCUGCAGCAUUUUAACAGCAGAGCUAAUAAGCUCAAAAGUCAUCGCAACAGUUUCAAAAUUGGAAUAAGAAUUAAUUACAUUCUUUGUAUGUUGAAGUUUAGGCUGUGUUCAAGCUGCCUAUAAUGUUGCAAAAUUAUUUAUAGGCUUAAAAAAAUCAUCUAAGCCUUCUGAGAUUUAAUCGUUGUUACUAAAGAAUUUAUUUGUAGAGAUUACCUGAUCUUUGAGGAAUAAAAGACGAUGAAGAAUUUGAUGAUAUGGAGAAGAGGCCUAUUAAUCGAAAUAUCUAUUGGUAUUAAUGUCAAAACCUAUGGGCCACUUGUUUUUUUGACCGGCUUAAAAUCUUAUUUUCUUACAAGUCCUGCUCGCUUUUGGUAUAUGAUUUAUUCAUUCAUAAGGUAACUUGAAGUGUAAGAAUGUAUAGAUAACUUUAUAUACUUUCUGGCCAGAAAUUGUUAAUAUAGAGAUGUGAAUGCUAAAUGUUCUGUAUUUAUAGUAAGUAAAGAAAUCUAACACACCUAGGCCUAGGAACAAAAUCUUGGCUUUAACAGAAGAAUAAUUGUAUAGGCAAAUAUUUGCCAUUAAGUCAUAAUUUUUUAAGUGGUUGUCGCAAAAAAUGUGAGCUCCAUUUUUCCCGACAAAAUCUUCACCUACGUUCUCGAUUUAGCAAGGGAAGAAAAAGUCAGACAGCAGUGCAACCGGUUUCCUUUGUGUUUCAGUAACUGUGUAAUAUAUUUGUGUGGAGCUGCUGAAUCCCACGAGCUGUUAUGUAAAGAUUUCUCAUUAGCUUGUUUGUAUCAGACAGGGCUUGUUUUCAUCAAUAGUAUUUGCCUAACAAUAGUGAAACUAUUAGUGUAAUUUACUUUUUUGUCAUGUCGAUCUUACGAAGUUUUUCACGAGUCAAUUCCCUUUACCUUUGAAUGCAUUAGUAUGAACCAUUUGACUUUCAUUUAAUUUAGUGUCACAGCAGUUGUCUAUUAAAGUAAAGGUUGGUUAUUUUUUAAUAAAAUUAACAAAAAUCA